AAACCAGAUCAAUAAACCUAUAAAAGAACUAGAUAAAGUUAUCUCUAAGGUACUUUCUAGCUCUGAAUCAUACUCUUACUCUGGUGUGAUCUGAGUGUCACGCUCUUCCGGAGCUGGAGGGCGAAUUGAGUCGUCUAGGGGACCAGGACAGCACCCGAGACAACACGCUGCUCAUCUAGGCCACAGGAGUUACCCACCCGCCCAGGCCAGUCGUGGUCCACGCCCACGUGCAGCUGCCCGGCGCAGGGAGCCAAAGUCACGCCCCCGCGCGCCAGUGGCGCUCCGAUUGGACACUAAGUGGCCGGAAGAGGUGAGGUUGAUUGGCAAGGGUGUGGCCUGCAAUGUGCAGGGGAACAUGGCGGAGUGCGCGGGGAAGCGGCCCUGUGGCCUGAGUGAACAUGGCCAAAGGAUUGAGUGGCGGAAAUGGAAAAAAAAGAAAAAAGAGGAGAAAAAGAAGUGGAAAGACCUCAGGCUGAUGAAGAAACUUGAACGGCAGCGGGCACAGGAGGAACAGGCAAAGCGCCAGGAGGAGGAGGCGGCAGCUCUGCAGAGGGAGGACCAGGGGCGGCCUUACACCCUGAGCGUGGCCCUGCCAGGCUCCAUCCUGGACAACGCCCAGUCACCUGAGCUUCGCACCUACCUGGCAGGCCAGAUUGCCAGAGCCUGCGCCAUCUUCUGUGUGGAUGAGAUUGUGGUGUUUGAUGAAGAGGGCCAAGACACCAAGACUGUGGAGGGGGAAUUCAUGGGAGUCGGCAAGAAGGGGCAGGCAUGUGUACAGCUGGCCCGCAUCCUGCAGUACCUGGAGUGUCCACAGUACCUGAGAAAGGCAUUCUUCCCCAAGCACCAGGAUCUACAGUUUGCAGGGCUGCUAAACCCCUUGGAUAGCCCUCACCACAUGCGGCAAGAUGAGGAAUCUGACUUCCGAGAGGGCAUCGUGCUAGAUCGGCCCACCCGGCCAGGCCACGGCUCCUUUGUCAACUGUGGUAUGAAGAAGGAGGUGAAGAUUGACAAGAACUUGGAGCCUGGACUGCGAGUGACCGUGCGACUGAACCAGAAGCAGCUCUCGGAAAGCAAGACCUACCGUGGAAAAGUUGUGUCCUCACAGGACCCUCGUACCAAAGCUGGUCUCUACUGGGGCUACACUGUCCGGCUGGCCUCCUGCCUCAGUGCUGUGUUUGCUGAGGCCCCCUUCAAGGACGGGUAUGACCUGACUAUUGGGACGUCAGAACGAGGCUCAGAUGUGGCCUCUGCCCAGCUCCCCAGCUUCAGGCAUGCCCUCGUGGUAUUUGGGGGCCUUCAGGGACUAGAAGCUGGAGUGGAUGCUGACCCUAACCUGGAGGUGGCUGAACCCAGUGUCCUCUUCGACCUGUACGUCAACACCUGCCCCAACCAGGGCAGCCGUACCAUCCGCACUGAGGAAGCCAUCCUCAUCUCCCUGGCUGCCCUGCAGCCCAGCCUCACCCAGGCGGGUGCCCGGCCCAGCUGAAGUUUCUGUCAAGACAUCAGAGAAGCCGCAGUGAAGCCAGGGGUUCCUAUGGGUCACCUGGAACAGAUGCAGCCAAGACUUGUCUCUAAAAAUAACGACGUUUAAUGUGACCCAGCCCCAUAA